AGAGGCCGCGUCAGAGCGGCGCGGCCAAUCGGAGCGGCCUGCGCCGGCCCGGGACCCGUGCGGGCACUCGCUCCGGGGGCCGGCACCAUGGCGUCGGGCUGCAAGGUGGGGCCGUCCAUCCUCAACAGCGACCUGGCCAGCCUGGGCGCCGAGUGCGUGCGGAUGCUGGACGCCGGCGCCGACUACCUGCACCUGGAUGUAAUGGACGGGCAUUUUGUUCCCAACAUCACCUUCGGUCACCCUGUGGUAGAAAGCCUCCGAAAGCAGCUAGGCCAGGACCCGUUCUUUGAUAUGCACAUGAUGGUGUCGAGGCCGGAACAGUGGGUAAAGCCAAUGGCGGUAGCGGGAGCUAAUCAGUAUACCUUCCAUCUCGAGGCUACUGAGAACCCAGGGGCUUUGAUUAAAGACAUUCGGGAGAAUGGGAUGAAGGUUGGUCUUGCCAUCAAACCAGGAACUACAGUUGAGUAUUUGGCACCGUGGGCUAAUCAAAUAGAUAUGGCCUUGGUUAUGACAGUGGAACCUGGGUUUGGAGGGCAGAAAUUCAUGGAAGAUAUGAUGCCAAAGGUUCACUGGUUGCGGACCCAGUUCCCGUCUUUGGACAUAGAGGUCGAUGGUGGAGUAGGUCCUGACACUAUCCAUAAAUGUGCAGAGGCAGGAGCUAACAUGAUUGUGUCUGGCAGUGCCAUUAUGAGGAGUGAAGACCCCAGAUCAGUGAUCAACCUGUUAAGAAAUGUUUGCUCAGAAGCUGCUCAGAAACGUUCUCUUGAUCGAUGAAAGUACAAGGAGUCCAGUGUCUGCUCAUGAAAUGCUUUUAUUGGAGAACAAGAAUAUUGACUACCAAAUCACAUCACAGCUGAGGCAUUGUUGCUUUUCUGAGCAGUUCAUUCCAGUGACUAGCAUCUGUUCUGCAGAAUGUCCCAAGAGGUUAGAAAUUUAAUGAUGGGAUUUAAAGAUUAGUGGGGUGAAAUGCCAUUUUUACUGGAAGACUUGAUUUUUAUAAAGCGUAAAAAUAGUUGUAUUAAAGUUAUAAAUAGAAAUGUCUUAAUGCCUAAAGAAGGCACAUUAACUACUAUGAAAAAAGUUUUUCUCCUUCUAAAAAGAAAUUUCUAUUGUUUCUUGGCUGCUUUCCAAAAGCAAAGUAAGUUAUGUUUUUCCUGUUCCUUGUCAUUUUUGGUUUGUCUAUUAUACAUGCGUUAUGAGUAGAAGUUAGAGAAAAUCUAUGGCUGGGAUAGCAUACCGUAUACUUGCUUCUAAAACAUCUAUUUUUUUACUUUGCAUGUUAUAUUUGAUAUAAAAAAACAAUGUAUGAAGCCCAGGAUUUUUAAGGUCUGUUGUAAAAAAGCAUAGGUUUUAUGAGGGUGUUUUGUUAGCUUUGCUUUAGGGACAGAUGAUUUCCCCACCACUAUCUCACUCUUAAUCACACUGACCGUUUUUAAGGAUAUGAGAUAAUGUGCUAGCUCUGAGCAGAAAGGAAAGACUCAUUUUGGAAGGAAGAUUGAAUUUACUCUUCCCCUUUCCAAGUUUGACUUUAGCAAAAUCAAAUCAACCAACAACUUUGAGCUUCUAUUAACUGAUUUAUAUUGAAUUUAAUUAUAACAACAGAGCAGGGUUGUGUUGAGGAUUUAAAAAGAUACUCGUACAUGUGUAAAGCUUCCACCAUUGUUCCUAGAACUGCAAUAGAAUUGAGAAUGCUCAGUACAAGGUAGCUAUCAUUAUCAAGUUUAUUUUGUAGGUAAUAAAGUACUUUGCUAAUCUCAUCAAAUCUUUGAAUCACUCCUAUGAGUGGGAAGACAGGUAUUUUUGUCCCAUUUUUUAAAAACGAAGACACUAAAGCUCAGCAAUAUGCUACAAGCAUGGGAAGGACUCAGUAGGGCACAGCAUUUCUGGUCUGUACUCUACAAAUGGAGGCCUUGGAAGGUGGAUUGGGCAAAGGAAGCUUCUUUACUUAAUUGUCUUAUUUCCAGUCUAACUUGACCCCUGUAGCAGAACCAGAUUGCUGAGGAUAUCCCAGAACUAUGGAUUUUGACCCUAAAGGAUAUGUAUUUUAUUAAUCUAAAAAAGACCAGGUAGGCUAAGAAAUGGCAAGGUACAGAAUCAAUCCAUAAACUAAAUAUAUAGUGUCCUAAAUCAUACUUUGACAAUAAAUACGUCAGCCACUUUCUUAUCGCAAAUACUCUUGCUAUGUAAUACAUAUGACAAGAAAUAACAGGACCAGUUAUUAGACUACUGUGAAUUUUAAGAAAAAAAAAUUGAAAAAUAACAUGUAUGGAAUAGAGUUUUUCUUGGUUUUAUUCUACAUUACAAGGUAAAAAUUUAUUUCUUAAUGUGUACUUUGGCUUAGGAGGAAAGUUUUGUGCCAUUUAUAGGUGGCGUUUUAUCAAAUCAGACAACACAAGGCAUAUAGAAAUAACUUUAAUUAAAAAACUUUACAUAGAAGAUUACAAUAUUGAGACAUGACAGAAAGAUUUGAGUUUAUGUGCCUGGACAACUUGGUUUUGUCUGGCUUUUGUUUUCUUAAAAAAAAAUAAAAUAAAUGUACAAUAAAACUACAAGCAAAAAUUUGUCAGUAUUGAAUUUUUCUUCUUUAGAAGGACUAGCAUAAUUUCUAGUCCCUCACAAAACAGUGUAAAAUCCCCCAAGUCUGGGCCAGGAUUGUCAGUUAUAUGGGUACUACAACUUGAAUAACCUUUUUUACAUGAGAAAAAAAAAAUAAUUCAUAUACAUUGUCCUCAACUUUUAUAUAGAAAAAAAGUGAUGUAAUGUCCUCAAAAGGAAUUUUCCUUAAUGUACACUUCAGUAUCCAUUAUUGGUAAUACUGAAGCAUUAUCCUUUGGAUAGUUUUAAUUCUCACUAAUAUAUAAGUAAGAACAGAUGCUUAUUUGAAUAGAGUAAUAAUGACCAAAUUAACUAGAAAUGCAUUAAUAUUUUUAUACUGACAGAACUUUCCUUUGUGUUGCUUAUUUUAAGUUGGUAUCUUCAUGAGAUACAUAAAAUGAAGUUGCUAAAACUUGAGUUUUAAAAAGGUGAUAGUUUUAAAAACACCAAUAUUUAACUCUACUUCGCUUGUCCUAUUCUGUUAGGGGUGCAUAGAAAAUGACUUGUGUUUAGUCCAACAAAUAUCACUGAUUUCAAAUAAAGUAAUAUUGUGUUACCUGGUAUAGAAAUUUCCAUAAAUAACUUCUAUUAAACAAAUUUUU